AUGCUCUCCAUCCUCUCCAUCGCCGUGCUGGGCCGACACGGCAACCCCCUCUUCCUCGAGUCGUACUCGUCUCGCAGGGGCGGGCAGGCCGACUUGAAGUGGCACUAUGCGGCGAACACAGCGCUUGACUUCUUUGAGGAACGAGAACUGCCAGCGGCCAAGACGACAGAGUCCUAUCUGGGCAUGCUCUUUGCGAUGGAGGACUAUGCUGUCUACGGAUACCAAACGAACACUCGGAUCAAGUUCGUGUUGGCAAUCGCGCUAGCAGACGCUGUCGUGCGAGAUCUGGACGUCAAGACAAUCUUCCGAGCUAUACAUAACGCGUACAUCGCUCACAUCUCGAAUCCCUUCACGUCUGCCGAGACCGACAACCCCGCCGCUUUUGCAGCACCCAUACGAAGCGCCAAAUUCAAGCGCGCCAUGGAUGCGAUUGCCGGCACGAGCAGCAGUACCGCUUCCGCCGACGCCUGA